AUGGGCGAGAGGAGGAAAAGGCUUGGUUUGGUAGGAUCAACCAAGUUCUCAAUGUGUGGGGAAGCUGAAGACGAUCUUGACCACCUUUUGUUACAAUGCAAGAUAGUGCAAAAAUGCUGGUAUAUGGUGAAAGGCAAAUUGCAGUGGCAAGGCCCAUUGCCAAAUUCUCUCAAAGAUAUGUUUGAUAGUUGGCCAAGACUAAACAAGAAAUCAAAAUUUUCAAGUAUAUGGAACAUAUGCCCAUCUCUUGUGAUAUGGGAAAUCUGGAAGGAAAGAAAUCGUAGGAUCUUCCAAGAUAAGGCUGAGGAUGUCAGGAGGUUGUUUAUUAGACUUGAUCAAGCAAUUGAGGAAACUUUGGGGGCUGGAACUUUUCAGAUGAACUCUACAAGAAACCCAUUUACUAUAGAGGACAUGAAAAUACAAAAAGCAUGGCCUAAUGUCAAAAUAAGGCAUGGGGCAUGGCCUUCUAGGAUGAUGAGUAAGAAGUGUAACUCACCCACAGAAUGGGUUCCACCCCAGAGGGGGUUGAUCAAAGCCAAUUUUGAUGGGGCUUCUCAACGUGGAGGGGGUCUUUUAGGUGUGGGAGUGGUGUUUCGGGAUCACAGUGACAUCGUUGUAAAAUUGGGAGCUCAACGUAUUAAGCAGGGCACCAACAAUGAAGCGAAAGCUUAUUUAGCUUAG